CGAAGCAUGAACGCUGUUCUCUAUCCUUGUCUAUAAUUGUAUCUCCCACGGUGUCAGAUCUAUUUCUAACGGCAUGGCUCACGUUCAAAAGAGUCUACGAAAAGUUAACAUCUCCAAGGCAUUCGUUUCCUUACUAGAAAUCGUUCUUACAUAUUCGUUUAUUCGUUCUUCUUGCAAACAAUUAAACAAUGAAACUAUCGAAACUUGCAUUUCAACUUUUCGAUAAAUACAAUUUGUGAAAACUGUUUAACGUCAACAAUUCUUUCGUGCCAGUUAUUAUGCAUUUAUGUAUAUGUGUGUGAAUGUGCGUGGGUGUGGGUUUGUAUGAAUAUGUGAGUUUGAGAGACAGAGAACAUAAAUAAAGUUUAAAACGAUAAACUUUUGUCCUUGUCUCUAUCACUCCGUCUCUCUCUCUCUCUCUCUCUCUCUCUUUCUCUCUCUUUCAACGAUAAAAUGAAUUAGCAUGUAGACUGUGCGUGUUAGAACGCACGUUCGCUUGCAUCUAUCAUCCAUCUAUAUUUUUUCUAAUACGAUAUGAAGUAUAUCGAAAUUAAUUAAACGUUUUGAUGGGUAAAAUUUUGAUUUAUCGAUCACGUAAAUAAAAUGUGAAAAUUUCUUCGUAGGCGAAAGAUAGCGAAUGAAAAGUCAGAGGAAAAAAAUAUAAAUGUUUUGUUAAUUUUGGAUUUAAUUAAACAUGUAAAUUAAAAUGCUCUUAUUACAUGAACAUAUGAUUUAAAAAAGAGAAAGAGAGAGAGAGAGAGAGAGAGAGAGAGAGAGAGAAGAAAAACAAAGUAAAACAAAAAAAAAUCUUACCUUACUAUAUCAUUAAAAAACUAUUCAAUCUGAUAGAUCGAAACGAAGAGAGAAUUAGAAUCGAGAAAAAUUAAAUAAAAAUUUUUAAUAAAAGAAAAAAAAGGAUGAAGAAGAAGAAGAAGGAGAAGAAGAAAAAGAGGGAGAGUUUUUAGUGAAAUGAUUGAAAGUUCGUGCAUGUGUGUGUCGUGUAGAAAGAGCGCGGGAACAUUCUAAGUAAAAUAUGAAUAUAAAAGUAGUAGUAAUAGUGAUAAUAGUAAUAGUAAAUAUGACGUUGAUAAUGACGUUGAUAAUGACGAUGUAGCGAUGAACAUAGUAGUAGAAGAAGGAAGAGUAAGUAAAAAAUAUAAAUGAAGAAGAAAUACAAGAAGAAGAGGAAGAAAAAGAAGAAGAAGAAGAAGAAGAUGACGAAAAAGAAGAAAACGAAGAUGAAGACGAAGAAGAAGAAGAAGAAGAAGAAGAAGAAGAAGAUGAAGACGAAGAUGAAGACGAAAAAGAAGAAAACGAAGCUGAAGACGAAGAAGAAGAAGAAGAAGAAGGAGAAGGGAUAGAAGAAGUUGGAAAUUUUGGAAACACGAGGACGAUUGUAAACUUAUUAUUAAAAAGGAUGAAGAGUAAUCCGUUGGAAUACUUUAUGUUCUUUCUUUUACUGAUAGUUUCGGGAGGAAGAUCGACUUCCGUCCGAGACAAUCUCUUCCACGAGAAUGAUCUCGUUUCGUCGACAAACUCCAACAAGUCUCCACUUCCGAUUAUCUCGCCGGUCGAUUAUACCGAUACACUUCAUUCUUGUCUUUACGUGUCACCUGAUUUACCACCUUGUCAUUUUAUAAGAAACGAAAACACCCAAAGAUUUUAUCGAUCAACCGAUAAUUCCUUGGAGAGAAAAAAAUCGAACGAGGAGUCACUUUUUCAAGGACACAUCACGGUUUAUUCCUUACAAGGUUGCUUACCCUCCAGAUUACCUUUCAAGAUGGCGUUGUGUGAAUCGAAGGAGAGUCUCGAAAGAGCUACGAAAAUAUGGAAAUUAUAUCCUUUUCAAAUCAACGACGACGAAAAGAUCGGAUCGACGUUUGUUUUUCCACGAUUCGAUAUAAAUCGAUGGUUGAAAUCAAUGAGACUACUUCGCGACGAAAGAGAUCAAGAACAACGAUGGAAUGAUUCAGAGAAUUUUUUAAAGGCCAGUCCAAAAUAUUUUUCAUCGUCGAUGAUCUCGUUCGAUCGUGAUAGAAACGAUCGAAUAAAAUCAUCUUCGAGUACAUCUACGAUCAAUCGAAAUAAUUUGAUGAAUUCGAAUGAAAGUGUACGACGUAGAAGAAGAAGACGAAGAAGGAGCGAUCUAUUGGAUCGUGAGAUCAGACAAGGAAGCGAGUUUCCCUACUCGAAAUCGAUCCCAUUCGAUCCAAAGAGACUCAGUUUAGCUCUGAGAUCAAAUAAAUUUUUCAAAUCUAGUCCGUCCCUUUCGCAAAGAUCUAGGGACAUGAAAAUGGAAAACCAAUCUUUCUAUUGAAAGGAGAUACCAUACAAUUUUUAAAGAAACUCGAAUAGAUCAAGUCAAUAUAUCCGGUGUUUAUCGUGUUCGAAAUAGUUACCUGAUUGUUUCUAAUUUUUAUCCUUAAUUAAUAUAGAUCUAUUUAAUAGAAAUGUAAUAGGUAAGAAAAAAGAGAAGAAAUCACCAAAAAAAACAAAAAAAAAUAACAAAAAAGAACAAAAAAAAGAAUGUCGGUAAUUAUUAUUAACACGUUGAUUUAAUAUAGUAAUAUUUACUAUACACACAUAUAUAUAUAUAAUAAAUUUUAUAGUAUAUUUACUGUAUUGAACAAUUUCUAAUAAUUAUAUAUAUAUAUAUAUAUAUAUAUAUAUAUAUUUAUAGUAAUAUAUAAUAAAUACAAUUUAUAAUGAAUAUCAUUAUAUUAACAAAUUUAUUACAGUAAUAUAUAGUCAGUAAAAAUAAUUAGUAAUAGAAAAAUACAAAUUUUAACAUGGAAUUAUCAAUAAUAAUCAGAAUUUUGAUUAUUGCCAUGAAGAUAUGAGGUCGAAGAGAAUUUUAAAUUAGAUCAAAUAAACCCAACGUGUAUAAUCAACGUGUUAAUAUCAUUUUAUUAUUUUUCAUUAUUAUUAUUACUAUUGUUAUUACUAUUAUAUUAAGAUGAACUCCAAAUUAGAAUUAGAAUAGACUUUAGCUGGAAUUUAAUUUUUUUUUCUUUGUUUCCUCGUUGUUGUUUCUUUUUUAACAUUGAAUACGUUAGAGAACGUUUAACGAUCGAAGGUUAGGUCGAAGUGAGGUCACCGUGAUGAUAAGAACAAAGAUACAUACACAUACAUACACAUAUAAGUCUUUCUUGUGUUUUAUAUUGACAUGUCAACAGCGUUAAACACUCAUAGCUAAUUUCUCGUCGUUGUUAUGACGACUAUCAUCGACUUUAUCGAAAAUCGAAUCAACUUAUAAUCAUCAACUUUUUUUUUUCUCACCAUGUUUUCUUUAAAACGUACACACACACACACACGUGUGCGUAUAUAUAUAUAUAUAUAUAUAUAUAUAUAUAUGUAUGUAUGUACGUAUUUAAAUUUGAUUCUUUCUAUUCGAGAAGCAUUCUAAUACAUACGUUCUAAUAUAUAAUAACAAAUAUAUAAUAGCAAACAAAUGGGACACGAUAUCGAGUGAUAAAUGUAUGUGCAUAUAGAUAGAUAUGUAUGUAUGCAUAUGUGUGUAUGUAUGAUACAUAUAGCUGUGAUAUUUCAGGUUUUGUUAAUUUACGUUAAAGAACAUAUCUUCGUUUAUUAUUUGAUUUCUUUCUUUUUCUUUUUUUUUUUUCCCUCGAGGUUCUCGCCAUCGAUCGUUAUAUUUUAUUUUUGUUAUAUAUACAUAUAUAGAUAUAUAUAUUUUUUUAAGUUUUUUUUUCUUUUUCUUUUAAUUACUUUUUUAAAAUUAAGAACGAGCUUUGGUAGAGCGCACGAAAUAUGUGAUAUGUAUACAGAUCAACAGAGAGCAGAUCAUAUUUUAUUAAUCUAGGGGAUGUGAAAGCGUUUCUAAUAACCACCGUCAAAGAUCUACCUUCAAAGCGAUUCAUGUUUUUACCUAUUUUUUUUCUUUUUUUUUUUUUUUACUUUAAUAGCAUUUUUUGCAAUCGGUCUAUAAAAUUUUAUAUAUCGAAGGAUGAUUUAAUAAACAAAUAAAAGCAUUUUUUGUUUAAUAAUUGUACUCUUUACAACGUGUUAUUAAGAUUAUAAUAAUUAUGAUAAUCAGAAUUGCUUUGGUGGAAGAUCGUAUUUAGAUAGAGUAAUUAAUCUUUUAAUAUAAGAAAUUAGUUCGAUCCAAUAUAGUUAGCGAACGAACUUCGAUUUUCUUACGAUGACGUGCUGAGGAUGUUGUCGAUAAGAUUAGAAUUAAUUAAAUAAAUAAAUAAAUAAUUCAAUAUUCGUAAAAGGAAAAAGCAAAUGGGGCUCGAGAUAGAGAUACAGAGAAAGAGAGAGAGAGAGAGAGAAAGAGAGAGAGAGAGAGUGUGUGAGAGAGAGACGGAAAAGGAAUUAAAUUAACAACAUAAUUAUAAUUGUAAAAAAAUGUUUAAAAAUAUAUCUCUUCUCUCAUAA